UGAUGAUUUUGCGUUGAAAUGAAUAAUGAUAAUCCAAAUAUAAUAUUUAAUCCACUAAUUAGUUCUAUACAAAAGGUGGUACUUUAUGAAACACGAUCGCGCUUGUACUUGGUGGGCAGCAACAAUCGCGAGACCAGAUUUCGCUUGCUCACCAUCGAUCGGCUGGCGCUGAAUCGCUUGAUCAUCGAGGAGAAUGCGAACGAGCUGAACAGUUUGGAGAUUCGCAGGUUUGUGUCCUCCUUAACGGGAUCGCCAAAAGUAACCUCCGCCUACGGAGUAUUGGGCUUCGUGCGUUUCCUGGAGGGGUAUUACCUUAUACUGGUUACCAAGCGAAAAUGCUGCGCCCAUAUUGGCAUGCAUCUGGUAUAUACCAUCAAAGAUACCGUGAUGGUGCGUGUCAACGAGGUGACAUCACAGCGACCUCCACAUCCGCAUGAGGAGCGCUACAAGAGGAUGUUCCAAAAUAUUGAUUUACGCAGCAACUUUUACUUUUCCUACUCGUAUGACUUGACUCGCACGCUGCAGUACAACGAGUCGGCGCCACGAUAUGUGGGUGCCAAGGUGAAUCUAGAGAGGGAUGAGCCGCUGCCCGAUUGGAAUAAGCUUACCAACAAUGUGGCACAGGCGCACGAGCGUGUCGACUAUGCCUUUCGCAGCGAUUCACGCAAGCGGUUUGUGUGGAACGCUUAUCUACUGAAGCCUAUGGAGGUAAUUAUGCUUAAGGACUGGCUGUUGGAGGUCACACAUGGCUAUGUGAGCCAGUCGUGCAUCAGCAUCUUUGGCAGACAUGUCAAUGUUUGUCUAAUAGCGCGUCGCAGCACACGCUUUGCUGGCACGCGGUUUCUCAAACGGGGCGCUAAUUUUCGGGGCGACGUAGCUAAUGAAGUCGAAACGGAACAGAUUGUAAGCGACGGGCAGCGCCUAUGCGCUUUCACGCAAAUGCGAGGUUCGAUACCAUCGCACUGGUCCCAGGACAUUAGCAAGAUGGUGCCAAAGCCGCCCAUACAGCUAGACAUAUGUGAUCCCUAUGCUCAGACACCGUCACGGCAUUUCGAACGGCUGCUGUUUCACUAUGGUGCUCCGCUGAUUAUGCUGAAUUUGGUAAAGAAGCGUGAGCGACGAAAACACGAGUCCAUAAUUUCCAAGGAACUGCAAAACAGCAUUAAGUAUCUUAAUCAGUUCUUGCCGCCGCAGCAUCGCAUGAAGCACAUUCAUUUUGAUAUGGCACGUCAGAGCCGUCUCAGCGGGGGCAAUGUCAUGGAACAACUGGCCGUUCACGCGGCGAGUAUGAUACAGAUGACAGGCAUGUUUUAUAAGGCUCAUCGGGGCAGUGAGCUCAGCUUCCAAACGGGCAUUGUGCGUACAAAUUGCGUAGAUUGCUUGGAUCGCACGAACUCGGCGCAGUUUGCUAUUGGAAAAUGCGCUCUGGGGCAUCAGUUAGAGCGGCUGGGUUUUGUAAAAUCAGCCAAACUGGAGUUUGAUUCGGAUUGUGUGACCAUGCUGGAGCAUCUGUACGAGGAGCACGGUGAUACUUUGGCUCUGCAGUAUGGCGGAUCACAGCUAGUGCAUCGCAUUAAGACCUAUCGUAAGACGGCCGCCUGGGCCUCUCAGGGCAACGACGUUAUGCAGACGCUGAGCCGCUACUACAGCAAUACAUUCAGCGACACGGAGAAGCAGCAGAGCAUUAAUUUGUUUCUGGGCCUCUACAAGCCGAGUUUUAACAAGCUAAACCAACCAAUUUGGGAGCUUCAAACGGAUUACGAUAUGCACAAUGCCUUUGUGCCGAGCACUUCGAUCGCUCCUAUUACGGAUUGGGUGCGGCACAAGGUACGCGAGUGCCUACCCUUUCCCUGCGCUGACACCAACAAGCUGGUCAAGGAGCUGUUUCGUGUGCAUAGCAAUGGAUUAGAGAUGAUUGAUGCCUUCUCGAAUUACCAUCAGUCCUUUAAGUGGACGGAUUUGAGCGAGCACAUUGAAUUUGAAAUCAGCCAACUUGCCACGCGAUACAUGCCCACAUUCCGCACUAACUACAGUCCCUUCCAGCGUCAGAUACAGCCAUCGCGAAAGGGGCGACAAAAUCCAUCGAUGACUGGCCAAAGUUCUACCGGUUCGACCAACAGCAACUCCUCUAGUUCCAGCGAGGGCGAGGACAGCUCCAGCGAUGAAGAACUUAGUGCUAGCUUUGCAGAAAAAGAGUCGAAACAAACAGAAACAGCCGAACCAGCACCAUUUACGCUGGCUUCCAUGCUACCACCCAUGGAAGAGGUAUAUGGCUGCACCAUCAGUCCGCCAUCCAAACAAAGCAUGGCUAUUUACAAGAAGUACGUUCAAAUGGGUAAACUAUCUAGCGGUGGCGCACAGCCGGGCCAAACGGCCGUAGCUCAACGCGAACAAGAGCUGGCCCAGAUGAUGCGUGGCAUCACACUACGUCCACUAGGUGACUACGGCACAGAUUCUUAUCUGAGUGUGUGGCCGCCAUCAGUACCUGCUAAGAGUCUUCUCGUUUAUGCGGAAUACUGCAAAACGCCACGAAACUUUAAUGCGGUGCCCAAAUUUGAGGAAAGUGAUUUGUUAUAUAGUUAUUUUCAAAAGCUGGAAAAUACCCAGGGCAACUUAACAGGUGAUGCUUCAAUAUUGAUGAAGUCUAAAAUCGUUGACAGGGCAAUAGCAGUCGUAUAAAAAUCUUUUAUGUGCCGUUAAAGCUGUUCAAAUUCAUCAUGGGAGUUGGGGUGAGUUCAAAAAAAUCAUUGGCUGUUUACCAUAUACCAUAUACUCUGUCACCAAAGAAACAAGAGUAUAUUACUAUGUCUUUCUGUGUUUAUACUCCUUCACAGAGUGAAUGGAAAUUAUUUUCUAAUUUAAUUAUUAGUUUGCCUUUCUGUUUUUAUACUCGUACACAGAGUGCAAACAGAAGUAUAUUUGUUUUGGGCAAUGCCUGAAAUUUCAAAAGAAUUUUAAAUUUAAAAUAUAUAAUUUUGACUAUUUAUAUUAUACUCUAGUAUCAUAGUGUACAUUCACAGAGUGCAUAAAAUUAGUAUAUUGAUUUUGUGCAAUAUCCCCUUUUUGAAGUUACACUUAAAUUUGUUAAUGUAUUCCCUCGUCAGAAAAGUAUUAAUACUAUAUGGGGCACAGUUUUACAGCUAGAUCAACAAAAUUAGACAGAGGACUACUAUUAAACUCCCUCAACGGCCGAUAACAAUUUAAAAAUAGUUUGUAUGUCUGCGUUUUAGAUCUUGCAUUUAACAGAGUAUUAUGUAGUUGCGAAAUUUCAGCCCGAUAUUUUUGUUUUGACUGCAUCUUGAGUUAUGGCAUGGUAUUACAACUGGCCUAAGCUAAAAACGAUUAAAUAUUAAAAUAUCUAGUAAAACAACAAAAUGUCCAUAAAUUAUUGUGUAAAGUACUCAAACAGGUAUUCAAAGUUUCGUCUGAGUUAUCACUUAAAGCUUUAAGUAGCUUUAUUGAUUUAAACAAUAUAUACGAGCUGCGCGGAGCAAUGAUAUAUCCGAUAAGCUCUAAAGAGAAAAUAUGAGCAACAAAUUAUGAACAAACAAUUUUCACUCGGUUAAAUAUUCAA